AUGUUCUUCCACUUGGCGCUGGACCACGAAGUCUGUCUUCAUCCCAAAUAUUUCGGCCCAAAUCUCAACGAAACCAUCAAAAUGAAGUUGUUCAACGAGGUCGAAGGAACGUGCACCGGAAAAUAUGGAUUUGUUAUCGCCGUGACUACGAUUGAUACAAUUGGACACGGUGUUAUUCAACCGGGCCGUGGAUUUGUCAUCUAUCCGGUCCGUUAUAAGGCCAUCGUUUUCCGGCCGUUUAAGGGACAAGUUGUUGAUGGUGUUGUUACACAGGUAAGGUUUUAAUCUUCAAUUUUGUGAAAAUUCACCUAAAUUCAUGUUUUCUGACUAAAAAUUGGUCAAAAUUCAUAAUUUUUAUCUUAAAAUCCACAAUUUUCCCUCAAAAAACCCGUCCAAAUUUUGCAGGUCAACAAAGUCGGCAUCUUCUGUGACAUCGGUCCAUUAUCCUGUUUCAUUUCUCGCCAUUGUAUUCCACCCGACAUGGAAUUCAAUCCAAAUGCCGAAAAACCGUGCUAUAAAACCAGCGAUGAUUCGGUUGUGAUUCGAAAUGACGAUGAAGUUCGUGUCAAACUUAUCGGAACUCGUGUUGACGCAAAUGACAUUUUUGCUAUUGGAACUUUGAUGGACGAUUAUUUGGGAUUGUGUCCGGCUGAGUAGAUUGCACGGAUUUUGUGGAGACGGUGAAAUUUGUGUAAAAAAUGCGAAUUUUCACGAUUUUCCUCCCCAAAAAUUCCAUUUUUUGUUAUUUUUCUGUACUAUUCCACUUUUCCCCCUUUUGAUUUUCAGACCAUUUUUUGGGCUGAAAAUUCUGAUUUUUCUUUAUAUUUAUCCCGUUGUUAAUUUUUAAACAAAGAUCUCAAAUAUUUUACGAUUUUCAUUGAUUUUUGCUUUUUUUAAUGGUUUGAGACCAUUUUCAUACCUCUGAUUUUUUUUUGCUUUUUCAGAUUUCCAGGGAAUUUGAAGAUUUGACUAAAAAGAAGCCGAAUUCAAGCUUAAAGGGGGGGUAAGACGACAAAAUUUUAUUUGCUCAAUGAAUCGGGCUCCCUUUGAAUAGUAAAAGCCCCAGGGGAUUUUUUCUCGAAAGGCCUAAAAAGGUCCGAAAAAAAUAUUCCAUGAACUUUUUUCAACGUUGUCCGAAAGUUGUCCGAAAGUUUAUGGAAUAAUUUCAACGUAUACCUAUACGUGGUACCUAGUUUAUGGAACAUUUUUUCUGAGCGUUUCCAGAAAAAAUCCCUUGGAGGUUUUACUACUUUUGGGGAGCCUUUAACUUUGCGACAAAAAAAUUUUGUCGUCUUACCCCCCCUUUAAAAAUCGAUUUUAUGCUGAAAAACGAGAUUUCCAUGGGAAAAACCAGGCUUGACUUGGUUUUUCAGAUGGAGAUUUAGAUUUUCAGCAAAAAAAAAAACGCAGAAUAUUCUAAAAUUCAGCCGAAUUCAAUCUGAAACUUGUCUGAAAUCUUAUUUUUCUUCUGAAAGAUGAAGAAUAGCAUUCCAAACAAUUUUUCAGAUUGAAUUUGGCUGGCUUGCGGAAGCUCUGCCCAAAUUUUGAUUUUUGGUUGAAAAGUAACUGAAAUUCACUAUUUUCAGCUCAAAAAAUCUAUUAGAAUUGCUGAAAAUCCAAUUUUCCAUCUGAAACUCAGAAUUUUAGCUGGAAAAUUGGAUUUUUGGCAGAGACGCGGAAGCUAUGCCCAAAUUUUGAUUUUUGGUUGAAAAAAACUGAAAUUCACUAUUUUCAGCCUGAAAUUACACAAAAAAUAUAUAGCCAUUGCUGAAAAUCCAAUUUUCCAUCUGAAACUCAGAAUUUCAGAUGGAAAAUUGGUUUUUUGGCAGAGAUGCGGAAGCUAUGCUCAAAUUUUGAUUUUUGGUUGAAAAAUAACUGAAAUUCACUAUUUUCAGCCUAAAAUUACACAAAAACCUUAUGAACAUUGCUGAAAAUCCAAUUUUCCAUCUGAAACUCAGAAUUUCAGAUGGAAAAUUUGUUUUUUGGCAGAGAUGCGGAAGCUAUGCCCAAAUUUUGAUUUUUGGUUGAAAAAUAACUGAAAUUCACUAUUUUCAGCCUGAAAUUAGAGAAAAUAAUAUAUAGCCAUUGCUGAAAAUCCAAUUUUCCAUCUGAAAUUUGAAAUUCCAGCUGGAAAAGUGGUUUUUUGGCAGGGACGCGGAAGCUAUGCCCAACUUUUGAUUGCAGAUCAAAAAUAACUGAAAUUCCUUAUUUUCAGCCCAAAAAAUCUAUCAGAAUUGCUGAAAAUCCAAUUUUCCAUCUGAAAUUUGAAAUUUCAGCUGGAAAAUUGGUUUUUUGGCAAAGACGCGGAAGCUAUGCCCAAAUUUUGAAUUUUCAAAAUUCUAGGCUACUUUUAAGUAGAAAUUCUAAGUUCCUAGGCUAAUUUUUACUUAAAAUCGUCUAAAAUUACUAUUCCAGAUCCAUUUUUGCUGUAAAAAUCCCCCGAAAUUUCUUCCAGAUGACAUCUCUCCUUCCAAACUAUGCAAUGUUCGACGAAAUCCGUCGAAUGGACAUUCGUCAACUUUUCUACCAAGCUCUCAACUUCGGAAUGGUCGUCAGUUCGGCUUUGAUGAUUUGGAAAGGAAUGAUGGUUUUGACCGGGGCUGAUAGUCCAGUUGUUGUUGUUUUAUCCGGAAGUAUGGAACCCGCAUUUUUCCGAGGCGAUUUAUUAUUGUUGACAAAUGAUAGACAAGAUCCAAUCAGAGCUGGUGAUAUUACUGUAUUCAAGAUUGAAGGCAGAGAAAUUCCGAUUGUACAUAGGGUUAUUAAGGUAACAUUUUGAUUGGGGGAGGGUUUGGAGGGUAAAAAUUGAGAAACGGCUCAAAAUGAUGGGUUUUUGACGUGAAAAUUUCAAUGAAAAUGGUGGAAAAUUGGAAUUUUCAUGAAAUUCUGAUAAAAAGGCUUCAAAACUAUAAUUUGAUAUCAAAAUUUACCCGAUUUUUUCCCGAAUCUCCUCAAUUUUGGCCCAAAGCACUUUUAUGUGAGAUUUUUAUGCUCUGAUUCUAAUUUGGAUCAAAAUCGGCUUCAAAUCUGUCUGAAGUUAGGUUUUCAAGCUAAAAAAAAUGGAUUUUUUACCCUGAAAAAUCGAUUGUUCUUUCAGGUUCACGAAAAAACCACCGACGACACCAAGAUUUUGACAAAAGGAGACAACAAUCAAGUGAGUUUUGAUUUUUUUUUGUUCAAAAAUUGAUCCAGAAACCGUAGAAAACUCCCGAAAUUGAUGAAAUUUAGGCUAACUACCCUAAAAUCCUUUCAGAAAGUGCUCAGAAGCUCAAAAAAGGCCGCUGAAACUCUGAAAAUCAUAGGAAUUGUUCAAAUUUGACCUAGAAAACACUAAAAAUCACCAUAACUAUGUACCUUAAAACAAAAAAAAACAAAACAUUUAAUUUCAGGUCGAUGAUCGCGGUCUCUACGCUCCCGGUCAAUUAUGGCUUGCCCGUACCGAUAUUGUCGGCCGAACCAAAGGAAUUCUACCAUACGUCGGAAUGGUCACAAUUUUGAUGAACGACUAUCCAAAAUUCAAAUACGCCGUUUUGUUGCUGUUGGGAGCAUUUGUUCUUUUGCACAAGGAGAAUUAG